GAUACCGUACUGAGCCGUACUACUCAGUUGUCACAACUUUCAACCCUUUGCGCUCGAUGUUCCUAAUUAUUUUUUUUUUAAGAAAAAAAAAUUAAGUACCAAAACGAAACUGUCAUCUUUCGUCUAAAGAGAGAGUUUCACAGUUUGCUAUUCUCGUGAUUAGCCAUGGCGAAGAGAAAGCGAGAAGUUGGAAUUCUUCCAGUUGAUGUCGAUUCUUCAAUAUCAGAAGCCUAUGCUCGAGCGUCAAAACAUCGCUCAUGUUGGAAACAUAUGUUUGUGAGCUUGUACGCUCAUAAAAAGAAGAUAAGUAAAAGAAAAGCUGAAGAGUUGCGGAGGAGCUUUGAGUUAACAUCCAAGUGUUUUUUAGGUACCUUCCCUUCUCGUGAGCGAUCAAAGAGGAGAAUUAAGCACAAGAACAAGAUUGCAAAAGUAAUUAAAGAAAACAAAAGGCUAAAUAGUGCAGAAUUUGAUUGUUAUUUUCAGAGUUUAUGGAAGAGCUUCCCGGAGGAUAAGAGGACUUCCUUCACUUACCUGGAUAGCAUGUGGUUUCACUUGUACAUGAAAGCGCCUUUUAAAGGGAAGGUGCUUACAUGGAUAAAGAGAAAGCAAAUUUUUUUGAAGAAAUAUGUUCUUGUACCCAUUGUUGGCUGGGGUCACUGGAGUCUCUUGAUCUUCUGUCAUCUUGGUGAGAGUUCUGAGUCAAAAGCCAGAACACCUUGCAUGUUGUUGUUGGAUUCACUUGCGGUGGCAGACCCAAGACGCCUUGAACCGGAUAUAAGAAAGUUUGUAUUUGACAUUUAUAGAUCAGAAGGUAGGUCUGAAAAUAGAAAGCUGAUUUAUCAGAUUCCACUUUUUUUACCGAAGGUGCCACAGCAAAGAAAUGGUGAAGAAUGCGGCAAGUAUGUUCUACACUUCAUAAAUUUGUUUGUGCUGGGUGCUCCAGAUGAUUUUAGCAUCAAGAAUUACCCCUAUUUUAUGAAUCAGAACUGGUUCAGUCUGGAAUGCAUGGAGCGCUUCUCAGAGGAACUGGAAUCAUUUGGAAAGUGAUUUGUCAUAACUCUCUUUUAUAAGUUUUCCAUAUCUAAUGAGAUAUGAAUGAUUUUCUGAUUUAAAUUAUAGAUGCCAAGAUAUACUUCUGUUGAAAUACAUUCACCGUUUAUAAAUAUUUUUCAGAUUCUGGAAUCUGUUUCUCCUU